CCUUCAUCAAGCUCAGUCCUGGUUCGGUGCCUUUGUCAAGGGUGUUCCCACCACGUCACAUCCAUUUAUACCCCAUCUCUCUUCAGUUGUCGUUACGAAAAUCACUAUGGCCCUCCCGCUUUUGCACACGGCCACCAGCGGUAGGAGACAGGAUGUAGGACCUUUUCACAUAAGGACAAACCAGUCGCACAGUCAAGGCAAACCAAUACCCCGUCGACUUGAUGAUGACACGUCAAUUUGGACUUGUGGGAUUCGAACCCGCUCAAACCAGGGAACAGGGCCGGUGUGCUAUCAGAGCACAUGUGUUCUCUCCGCGACGUUGAAGGGAAAAUCAGUGUCCCCCCAUACUGGGACACAGGCGCGGAGGGAUUUGGUAUAUUGUAGGGGGCCUUCCUUCCCUUCUGGCUACACACAUGCUCUGAGUCUCCAAUUUUGUCUCGUGGUCCAAAAUGGUAGGAGACAUUAUUGGGAUAGGGAAAGAAGCAACUGGAAUGAAACCUUUCUGAAAUUCUUAUGUGAGGUUCCUUACGGCGUGACCAUUCCGCCUCGAAGCCGAAAGGGCCAGGCAAAAGGUGAAAAUGGUCACGAUGGUGAUCUUGCGUUUACAAACGUGCGAAGCAAGGAUGAUCCCUUUGCUUCGCUUUGCAGCCCUUUUCGCGCACAUAAGAUUGGCUUCCCUUCGCGUUGGGUUGUCCUAGCCCUGUCCAAAAGUGAGGGGACCAUGGUGGCUUUCAUGAUGACGGAAAGAACAGAACCAGGACUGAGCUUGAUGAAGGAGAGCGACAGAGAUGCGACUGCCAUCAAUAAUACCAUUCUAAUCUCUGAUAGGACAUCGAUACCAGUAGUUCUGAAUGGCUUUGUGUGUAUUACCCCUGAACUGAAGAUAGCCCUUUACCAAGCUGCUCUAGCGCAUCGGCAGUGUGCGCGACAUAAUUCGGGUUCGACCACCAUAGAGUCGUGUUUGCUCUGA